GUUGACACAUUUCAAACUGGUACACGACACACAUUAUGAUUUUCAGAAAUUAAAAGUGGUCCAAAUGAUAAUUAUUCAGGCAAACAAGACAAUAGAAAAUCUUUUCAUCGUAUAUAAGAAACAGAAAAGGGAAAAGAGUAACGAGUUGGGUGAAACGACGAGCGAAAAUGUGGAUAAAAAUCGGUGUUUUGUUGGUGAUAGUUGGGGCCAGUUUUUGCCAAAACACCAGCAACAACAAUUUAAGUUUAAAUGUGCAUAAAAGACGGCCUUAUCAUGAUUACGAUCCCUAUUAUCAUCACUACCACCACGAACUGCUCUACGGAGGUGGUCUGCUCUACUACCUAGCGUUCAUUUUAAUCAAAAUUAAGGUAGUUUUCGUGUUGGGAACAAUUUUCACCAUAUUUCUGGUCGCUGGAAAAUUCUUCGCCGUCAUCAAAUAUGCCGAAUAUAUGAAAACACCGAAACACCACGAACCUGAAAAAGUUUACGUCCAAGAACCGAUACAUCACGACCAUUUCGAUUCGUAUUCGCCUUCGUUCCAUCCGGAAAAAUACUACGAUUCGCCGCAUUAUGGCCGAAGUUUCGACAGUUACUACGAGCUUUUCGUCAAAAUGCUCCAGAAAGUUAAUUUAACUGAUACCGCUUUUGCAACAAUGAAAUUGAAUUCGAGAGCUUGUAGAAAAAAAUUCGUAUGCAAGACGGACUAUAAAGCUAGGUAUAGCAAAAUUCUGGCUACGACUUUAGCAUUUUUCAGAGACGAGAACUACGAGAAAUAUAAAACAAAUGCGUCAAUUAAUUCGCUACAAGACUGUGAUAAAUUGUAUCAAAACUGUAGAAAUAAUAAAAUCUAAUUUAUUCA